ACUAGGGAAGUUGUGAGCAAGCGCUAUUAAGCUUAGAAUUCAUAAAGCACAGAACUAAUCAUUACGAGAAUGGAACCUAAAUUCCCAGCGGAAAUAAUCAGAGUUGGUGCUGGAGCUCAACAACACGUUGAUGCGUAUCUGGAAUAUCACAGAAUUGUUAGAGAUGAUGAUGGCGGAACACCGUUUAGCGAAGCUGAUUUUGAAAGAUACAAGAGAAGAGUUGGUCCAAUGAGAAUUAAAAAUCGUAUAUACCUAAGUUGGGCAAAUAGUAAAGGCAUGGAAUGUAAGCAAAUUGGACCAGAAACCAAAUGCUUUUGCGGCCAUCUAUAUCAUCAACAUCAAGUUGAUUUUAGAACUCUUCCCUCCGAAAGGCCUAUUCAGCAGCCGUGUGAAAUACGGGGUUGUGGAUGUUUGACCUACACUUAUUGUCCAACUGCUAUGGGAGGUUCCCACCCUAAAUGCACUUGUAAGCAUUCCGGAGAACAACAUAGUACCAGAAAACCGUUUAAAUGCAAGCAAGUAAGCUGCAAAUGUUUCGGCUAUAAAUCAGCUUAUAAUUGUGGAUGCGGCGAACCUAUGUAUAAUCAUUCUAUGCAGUCUGAAAGUAAGGAGGAAAGAAUCGCCAAAGGAAAACCUAUUGGUCAAGAAGUGAUAUACAAAGCUAUGGGUGGUUUAACUGGAUUUUCCUCGCUUAUGGAUGGAUACAUGAGAUAUGAUAAUACGGGAAUAGGAGCUCUUCCAGAAGAAGUACUCAAUAGUCCAAUUACAAUGAAUGAUCAUCCAUUUUUGCGGGGAAAUUUAGCUUCUGUUGUAGCUCAUAGAAGGGCUAAUAAAAUGCCUAUUGAUGAAAGGGAAAUCAGAGAACUUGAAUCUCAACAACGUCGUCCAGGAGAAAGUGAAUUGGACUACUACGAAAGACGCUAUCAGGAACGGCAAAAACAAUCGAAAAUUUACAAAGGACCAAAGAAACCUGCUAUAUCAAAUGAACGUUCAAAUUUCUCAAUAACUGGUUCUUCUGUAAAACGUCGCUGA